UCGUUCUUUUGUAUCGCACUAUAAAACCCACCAAACCAGUCCAUAAAUUCUUAUCCCAAGAAUCCCAGAAAAUCUUUAUAAUCCUGUUUAUUUUCGAUCUUUAGAUUUGGUCCAAUUUUCUUUAUUUGUUUAAUUCCUUAAUUGGGCUGUUUCUUCUUGGAAGAAAGAAAUCUUGGUUUUGAGAAUUAUUAGUUCCGUUUAUUUUCAGUCUUUCACGAGCAUUUUAAAUCGAAAUUUGGUCCCAUUUUUUCUUUCAAUUUCCUUGUUUUGACUAAGUGGACUGUUCUUUUUUUGGAUAAAUAGAAAAUCUUGAUAUGGAGAACACUUUGGGUUUGCUUAGAAUCACUAUACAGAGAGGGAUAAAUCUUGCUAAAAGGGAUGUCAGGAGCAGCGAUCCUUACGUUAUUGUUCGGUUGGGAAAACAGAAAUUAAAGACUCGAGUUGUGAGAAAGAACCUUAAUCCUGAGUGGAACGAGGAACUGACGCUAACGAUUGCUGAUCCUAAUCUUCCAAUCAAGUUGGAAGUUUACGAUAGAGAUACGUUCAGUCGAGAUGACAAAAUGGGAGAUGCAGAAAUUGACAUUAAAACAUUUGUAGAAGCUGCAAAGAGGGACUUGCAAAAUAUCUCAAGUGGAGUCAUAAUCGCGAAAAUAAACCCAACCCGAGAAAACUGCGUAGCCCAAGACAGUUCUAUAAUCUGGGAAAAUGGCAAAGUAAUCCAACACAUGUUUCUGAGACUUAGAAAUGUUGAGUGUGGAGAAAUCGAGCUCCAGUUGCAGUGGAUAGAUAUAUAUGGUUCGUGAGGUCUGCAGUUUGUUUCUGUGGCUGGCUAAUUCGACUUGGCAUCAUCAGUUCCUUCACUGAUAAAUUUCGUACAUUAUUAAAAGAAACGAUUUGUCCUUGAUCGGGUUCACAGUCAAAAGACGUAUAAAUUAGAGUCGGGAUUUUUCGUGUUGUAUUCUUAUACUUACAUGAUAAUAUAUAUGUUUUAACGAUUUUAUUUUCGUGUUA